AUGUCCCUUCUUGUCAACAACCCGGUCGACGUAUUCGACGCGCACAAAGGCGGCGUGGAGGAGGAGAGAAAAUGGACGUUUGAGUGUGUCCCAGGCUUCUUCAAGCAAGACGACGAAAGCACCGACGACACAAACUUCGACUUGCUUGCCGAAGACUUUGGUUUGGCCAAGCCAUCCUGGGCUGCCUUACAAGCGGAAGUUGCGAACCUAAACGCCUCUACCCCCGACACUGAGGUCUACAAGCUUUUGUUUUUGGCCAGACACGGUCAGGGGUGGCACAACUUUGCUGUCGAAAAGUAUGGGAUGAAGGCCUGGGACGAUUACUGGUCUCAUCUCAACGGCGACGGAGAGAUUGUUUGGGGCCCUGAUCCGCUUUUGACCGAAUUAGGCAAAAGCCAAGCCAAGGAAAACAACCGUGGGUGGAAGCAACAGUUGGCCAAGGGGGCUCCCUUACCAGUUGCGUACUACUCGUCUCCGUUCACCAGAUCGUGCCAGACUGCCGUGUACACGUGGUUGGAUCUUUCGCUCACCGAAUCCAAAGACCCUCAUCCAGUGUUUGUUAAAGAAGACAUCAGAGAAACCAUCGGUGGUCACACGUGUGAUAAAAGAAAUUUGAGAUCUGUCACAGAAGAGAGAUUCACCCGAUACGGGUUUGAGAUCGAAGAGGGGUUUACCGAGGAGGAUGAGUUGUACAGCGACGACAGAGAAAAAUUGCAUAUGCAUGGCUUAAGAAUCAACCGUUUCUUGCAGUUUUUGUAUGAAAAGGACUUUGGCAAGACAGAGCAGGAUACUUACGUCAGUGUGACGUCUCACUCCGGAACUAUCAGGGCCUUUGUGUUGGCAUUAGCACAUAGAAAGUUUGCCAUCUGUACCGGAGGCAUGAUGCCGAUUCUUGUCAAGGGGACCAGGGCCAAGAACGAGAGCUCUCUCUAG